AUGUUCCGGCGACUACUUAUCCUUCGCCUUCUCUUUUUACUUCCCGUCGUUUCAUCAAAGUCCAAUCAUAAAAGAGAAGUCGAGAAUCUUCUCAAGUUGAAAUCCGUAUUUGCAAAAACAGAAUCAAACGACGUUUUCUCCACCUGGACUAAUCACCAGAACUCGGCUUGUGAAUUCGCCGGAAUCGUCUGCAACUCCAUCGGAAACGUCGUCGAGAUCAACCUAGGAAGCCGGAGUUUGAUCAACGGAGACGACGACAGUAGCUCCGAUCUUCCUUUCGAUUCAAUCUGCGAUUUGAAGUUUCUGGAGAAGCUUGUUCUUGGAAACAACUUCUUGCGUGGCCGGAUUCUUAAGAGUCUAAGUAACUGUAAUCGCCUGAGAUACUUAGACCUCGGAAUCAACAAUUUCUCCGGCGAGUUUCCGACGAUCGAUUCAUUGCGUUUUCUCGAGUUCUUGAGCCUAAACGCCUCUGGAAUCUCCGGGAAGUUUCCAUGGAAUUCUCUGAAACGCCUGAAGAGAUUGAGUUUCUUAAGCGUCGGAGAUAACCAUUUCGAACCGCAUCCAUUUCCCGGAGAGAUUCUCAAUCUCACCGCCUUGAAUUGGAUUUAUCUGAGUAACAGCAGCAUCUCCGGUAAGAUUCCGGAGGGAAUCAAGAAUCUUGUUCGUCUACAAAAUCUUGAGCUCUCUGAUAACGAAAUCUCCGGCGAGAUUCCGAAAGGGAUAGUUCAUCUCAGAAAACUUAAGCAGCUUGAGAUUUACAACAAUUACUUGAGCGGUAAGUUACCAUUAGGGUUUGGGAAUUUGACGAAUUUGAGGAGCUUCGACGCUUCCAACAACUUGUUAGAUGGUGAUUUGUCAGAGCUCAGGUCUUUAAAGAGCCUUGUUUCUCUUGGAUUGUUCGAAAAUCGACUAACCGGUGAGAUCCCAAAAGAGUUUGGAGAUUUCAAAUGUUUAGCUGCUCUGUCUCUUUACAGAAACCAGCUCACGGGGAAGCUUCCGGAGAAACUCGGAUCUUGGACAGGUUUUCAUUACAUAGACGUGUCUGAAAACUUCUUGGAAGGUCAGAUUCCUUCAGAUAUGUGCAAGAAAGGAGCAAUGACGCAUCUUCUGAUGUUACAAAACAGAUUCACAGGACAAUUCCCAGAGAGCUAUGCUAAAUGUAAGACUCUGAUUCGUAUUCGUGUAAGCAAUAAUUCUCUUUCUGGUGUGGUUCCUCCUGGGAUUUGGGGUUUACCUAAUCUCCACUUUCUUGAUUUUGCUUCAAACCGUUUUGAAGGAACUCUCACUGAUGAUAUUGGUUUUGCCAAGUCUCUUGGCUCUUUAGAUUUGAGCAGAAAUUGGUUUUCAGGUUCUCUACCGUCUCAGAUCUCUGGAGCUACCUCGCUAGUGUCUGUUAAUAUUCGUAUGAAUAAGUUUUCCGGGCAAAUCCCUGACUCUUUCGGAAAAUUCAAGGAGCUUGUGAGUCUUUAUCUUGACCAGAAUAAUCUAUCUGGUGCUAUACCAGAGUCACUAAGCCUGUGCACAUCUCUGGCUGAUCUAAACCUCGCUGGUAAUUCACUCUCUGGUAACAUCCCUGAAAGUUUUGGAUCUUUAAAGUUGCUGAAUUCUCUGAAUCUGUCAAGAAACAAACUAUCAGGAACGAUUCCGGUUGGUUUAUCGUCUCUUAAGCUGAGCUUACUUGACUUAUCCGGCAACGAAUUAACCGGUUCUGUUCCUGAACCACUCAAAACCGGAAGCUUUGAAGGAAAUUCAGGGCUAUGCAGCUCAGAGAUCGCAUAUCUUCAGCCAUGUCUAUGUGGAAAACCUCUCGGCCACGAGGGGAAAGCAAAACACUUGUCUAAAUUGGAGAUCUGUUCCAUCGUUGCUGUGGUAUUCGCUUUGUUUCUUCUAUUCUGUAACGUGAUCUUCAAGAUAAACCGAGAUAGGUCAAGUCGAACGGCUCAAAAGAAGAACAACUGGGUACUGAGCUCUUUCCGGUUACUAAACUUGAAUGAAAUGGAAAUAAUCGAUGAGAUCAAGUCAGAGAAUCUCAUAGGCAGAGGUGGUCAACGGAAUGUGUACAGAGUAACCCUAAAAAACGGCGAAACACUAGCCGUUAAACACAUAUGGGGACGAGAGAUUUGCAACGAAAGCUUCAGAAGCUCAACAGGAAUGUUAAGCGCCAGAAACAACAACAACAACAAUAACAAAGAGUUCGAGGCAGAAGUUGCAACAUUAAGCAAUGUAAAACACAUAAACGUUGUGAAGUUGUUCUGCAGCAUAACGAGUGAAGACAGCAAGUUGCUUGUGUAUGAGUUUAUGCCUAAUGGAAGCUUGUGGGAACAGCUACACGAGCGUCGUGGUGAGCAAGAGAUUGGAUGGCGUGUGAGACAAGCUAUAGCUUUAGGAGCUGCUAGAGGGUUAGCGUAUCUACACCAUGGGUUAGAUCGGCCUGUGAUACAUCGUGACGUGAAGUCCAGCAAUAUAUUGCUUGAUGAAGAAUGGAGACCGAGGAUUGCUGAUUUUGGACUGGCUAAAAUCAUUCAGCCUGAUUCUGUUCAACAAGAUUUCUCUGCUCCACUCGUUAAAGGAACUCUCGGUUACAUUGCCCCUGAAUGUGCAUACACUACAAACGUGAGCGAAAAGAGCGACGUAUACAGCUUCGGUGUGGUGCUAAUGGAGUUGGUGACGGGGAAGAAACCAGUGGAAGCAGAGUUCGGCGAGAACAGAGAUAUCGUCAUGUGGGUUUGGAGCAGGAGCAAGGAGAUGAACAGAGAGAGGAUGAUGGAAUUAGUAGAUCCGAUUAUAGAAGAUGAAUACAAGAAGGAUGCUCUUAGAGUGUUGACCAUUGCUUUGAUAUGUACGAACAAGUCUCCACAGGUUAGACCGUUUAUGAAAUCAGUGGUUUCCAUGCUGGAGAAAACAGAGCCUUCUUGCAACAACAACAACAAUGGAGAAGCAAGUUACGUUGUGAGUGAUAGUGAUGAGAUUACUGAAGUUUUGUAG